AUGAACACUGCACACAAUUCUGACAAAACAAUGAAUACCAACACCAUCAUCGUCAACAGCAAAGUUGAGGACCUGGACUACACCUGUCCUUACUGCUACCGCCGCUUCACCUCACACAUCGGCCUGGUCGGUCACUUGCGAAUCCACCACGCAGAGUCUGGCAAGCCAGUGCCUGGAGCACCAACCUACACCCGCCGCACACACCUCCACUGUCCACACUGUCAUCGCACACUCAUUCAUCGCAUGGGCCUAUUCGGCCAAAUGCAUAUCCACGAGAGCGGAAUUGACUUCAGUCCCGGUACACCCACUACAUCCAGGCCACAUACCAUGCCUAGACCCACGCUCAUCCCAUCGCCCUGUGUGCCCACAGACGCCGCCGCCGCGGCCGCGGCCGUCACCACCACCACCACCACCACCACCACCACCACCACCACCACCAUCAUCAUCAUCAUCAUCAUCACCAUCACUACCACCGACGAGCCCGGUGUAUCUUGCUCACACCGUCGCCGUACAUUGACCUCACACAGGGGUCUGAUCGGUCACUUGCGAAUCCAUCGCACAGAGACUCGCCGCAUUCUCCUCCACUAUCCACACUGCCCCCGUACAUCCAGCCACCGCAAGGGCUUACUAGGUCACAUGCGUAUUCAUGACGGUAGACAACCGCGGCUACACCACACCAUCACAACCUCCCACCAGCAAUUGCAUCACACAAAACCUCACCCAGCUCCAUAA